UUCUUUCUUUUUUCCUGGGAGUUUAGCUGGAAUUCUGGUUGGGAGGGAGGCAGGGUGAGGUGAGGAGGAGGUGGACCAGAGGAGGAGGAGGAGGGACGUGGAUGGGUACAUUCACACAUAAACUUUCCCCCUUGGCUCUGCAGCAAUAAAACAGGACUGAAGAUGGGAAAGUCUUUGUGUGUGCUGUCUGCUGUGCUGUUUUUGGGACCUUAUGUUCUGGGAGACAAAGAGAGGGUACCAGUGGAGAGGACCGAGGUGGUGUCUGUGUCUCCAACAGCAGCAGAGACAACGCUGCUCAACAGCACAGAGAGAGAAAAGCAGCCAGAUUCCUCUGAUGUCAGCAGAAACAGAGAGCAAAUCAGCAACAGGAAUGACAAAGACGGAGACAAACACAACCAACAGGAUGAGAGACAAAGACUCGACUGUCCUCCCCUCGGUCUGGAGUCCCUGCAGGUUGACGACAGCCAGAUCCGAGCCUCCUCCCAGCAGCGCUCCGGUCUUGGCCCCCACAGAGGGAGGCUGAACAUCCAGUCUGGCAUCGAGGAUGGAGACCUAUACGAUGGAGCUUGGUGUGCUGACUCUAAGAACCAGGACCAGUGGUUUGAAGUGGACGCGCUCCACCUGACCCUGUUUACUGGGGUCAUCCUGCAGGGUCGAAACUCCAUCUGGAGCUGGGACUGGGUGGAAACCUACAAAGUCCAGCUAAGUAACGACUCCAUGAACUGGCAGACAUGCAUGAACGGGACACAAGAGGCGAUACUUAAAGGGAACCAGAAUCCAGAGACUCCAGUUCUUGGACUGCUUCCAGUUCCCACAGUGGGCCGUUUUAUCCGCAUCCGCCCCCAGACCUGGUACUCCAACGGGACCAUCUGUCUCCGUGCUGAGAUCCUCGGCUGCCGUGUGGAUGAUCCAACAGAUCUUCAUACCAACGAGGAAGAAAAGGGAUCAAAGGAUGAGCUGGACUUCAGACACCACAAUUACAAAGAGAUGAGAAAGCUCAUGAAGUCUGUGACGGAGGAAUGUCCAAACAUCACCCGCAUCUACACCAUAGGGAAGAGCUACACGGGCCUCAAACUCUAUGUCAUGGAGAUAUCAGAUAACCCCGGCAAACAUGAACUUGGUGAACCGGAGUUUCGCUACGUGGCCGGGAUGCACGGAAACGAGGCCCUCGGCCGGGAGCUUGUCCUGAACCUCAUGCAGUAUCUGUGCAAAGAAUACAAAAAGGGUAACCAGCGUGUUGUUCGCCUGGUCACAGAGACCCGGAUCCACCUCCUACCCUCCAUGAACCCAGAUGGAUAUGAAGUAGCUUAUGAGAAGGGCUCAGAACUGGCCGGCUGGGCCGAAGGACGCUACAGCUUUGAGGGGAUUGAUCUGAAUCACAACUUCCCAGAUCUCAACAACAUCAUGUGGGAUACACAGGAGAAGGCGGCGGAUAAAUCCAAAGUUCCCAAUCACUACAUCCCCAUCCCGGAAUACUACACUCAAGAAGACGCCACAGUUGCUCCAGAGACUCGAGCCGUCAUCAGCUGGAUGCAGGACAUCCCCUUUGUGCUCGGUGCCAACCUCCACGGUGGAGAGCUGGUUGUUACGUAUCCCUAUGACUGCACCCGAGACUGGGCCCCCCAGGAGGACACCCCCACCGCCGACAACGCCUUUUUCCGCUGGCUGGCCUCCGUCUACGUCUCCACCAACCUGGUGAUGGCCAACCCCGACCGGCGUAUCUGCCACUACGAGGACUUCCAGCAGCACAACAACAUCAUCAACGGCGGCGCCUGGCACACGGUUCCUGGCAGUAUGAAUGACUUCAGCUACCUGCACACCAACUGUUUUGAAGUGACGGUGGAGUUGUCGUGCGAUAAGUUCCCUCAUGUCAGCGAGCUUCCCUCUGAGUGGGAGAACAACAAAGAAUCUCUGCUGGUUUAUAUGGAGCAGGUUCACAGAGGAGUUAAAGGAGUCAUCAGGGACAAAGCCAAACGGGGGAUAGCAGAUGCAGUGAUCAGGGUGGAGGACCACGACCACGACAUCCGAUCAGCUGCUGAUGGAGACUACUGGCGUCUGCUGAACCCUGGUGAAUACAGGAUAGCGGUUUGGGCCGUGGGUUACUUCCCAUCUAUACGUCGCUGCCACGUCGGGAUGGAGCCACGUCCCACAAUCUGUGACUUCACCCUCACCAAAACACCCAUCCAAAGGCUGAAGGAGAUCCGGGCCAAAGGAGGAAAGGUCCCACAGGACCUGCAGCUGCGGCUCCGUGCUCUGAGACUCCGUAAGCUGAGAGCCAGCACCAAAGCCAUUAACCAGAGGAGGAGAGGCCAGUCCUCAUGAGCCUGGACACAACCAGAAGAGACAGGACAAAGGGCUGGGAAAGCCCCAGGAAUAAUCUGGAACCUGGGCUUAAAAAGUCUGAUCUAUGAAACCAUCAUCUGAGCCAACGACCACGACGGUUUACGUUGGGGUUCGUGUGAUUUAAAGUCUUCUACUGACAGCGAAGUGGAGAUGUUGAGGUGUUAUUGGUUUAUUUUUGUACUGACACUUUAGUGACUCACGCACAUACACCAUAGCAGGAACAUCUGUUCCACCAACACAGACUGGCACAAGAGGUUUGUUUUGUUUCUUCAGUUGAUCAUUUCUCUGUCAGCUGGUCUGACGGGUCACAUCUGCUCUGGUUCUUCCCUUUAUUGAAAACACAAGCUCUGAAAUAAAUCAGAAGUAUGGUGAAGUUCA